CACAUUUUAGCCGUGACACUUCUACCCCUGUUUUUAGUAACUGUGGUGGUACUUGGAGUGCGAGGUUAUCAGCUACCGGGCAGCCAGUCAGUGACACAGCCUGAGGGACCUCCAUCAAAGUAUGCUGGUGCCCACCUUCCAAGUGCCAUGCUUACAGCUCCUCAUGGCAACAUCACAAAUGGAGAAUAUCUUGAAUGGGAGAGCCAGGGGGAGGAAGGACACGCUCACUGUCGUGGUUUCAACUACUCCAACGGGAACCUAGUGGUGCCAGUAAAUGGUCUCUAUCGAGUCUUCUUGCAGAUCACCUAUGAGAGCAAGACUGAAUAUCACUGCUCUGUAAAUGAGCUGAGACUCACCAACAAGGUGUAUAAAAUCUGGGAUGGGUACAAUGUUGACGUACCUUUGCUGAUAUCAGUGGACACAGUGAGUUGCAGCACGACACAGUGGAGUAAAUCCCUCUAUACAGAAGGCCUGUUUAGCCUGAAUGCUAACACCAGACUGCGCGUGUCAUCAUCAUGCCCCGAGUUGAUUGUCAAAAAAGAAUGCCAGAUGUUCUUUGGUGCCGAAUUGCGCUAUCUGGAGAGUACAUCUCAUCAGUAAUCUGGUGAGAUGUUUUGUGUUGAGCUCAUGAAAAAUCUAAACCCAAUGAUGAAUUUGCAACAGCAAGAAGCUACUAGUAUCUGUUCGACUACAGGUUUGCCAUAUCAUGUUGAAAUUAUAAGCUGCAUUGCAUUUAACUCAUUAAUAACAGCUUACAGAGACAUAUACCUGCUGCUUUAACAAUGAUUUAAGUAUGAGAACUGUGAUACACUAUCCCAAAAGGCAUGUAAUGGUGACAAAUUAAAGGAAACCCCUGGAUAAGUCAGCAUGACAUCCAGGAUAGCAGUGCUCCAUUCAUAGGGCAUGAGGGGGUCACUGAAUGUUCUGAUGAGUAUGAAAAAGAAGUGACUCAUAUCCUAUGACCUAUGGGAGACCUAGCAACGUGUUAGACAGUGCCUCCACUUUAUACUUAUAUAAAAUACAUAUUUAUUUUGUUGUCAGCUUUAGUGUAUAAACAAUCAGUUGAUUAAUUGAUUGUCAGAAAAUGAAUCGACAGUAAUUAGGAAAAAAACUAUUCCAACUUCUCAUAGGUAGUGAUUUUCUUAGUUUUAUACCAUUGUCAAUUGAAUUUCUGUGAUUAGGGUGGUUGAUUGCAUUAUGGACAGCUCUGGAAAUGAGUCAGUGCUGACAAUUCACAGAUCUGGCAUCGUGACAGUGACACUAGAAGAAAUAGAAAAGGUUUAUUCCCUUGAGAACAUGAAAGUGCUCAGUGAUAUUAUGCCACUUUGCUUAUUUCUUGUUUACAAGUGGAGAGCAGUAUUAGUGUAGUAGUAUAGUAGUAUUAGUCACUAAAAGCAUUAGGAUU